AGUUUGAUUAAUAGUAAAACGUGAACCAUGAGCCGAACAACAAUCGUGUUCGAAUGCGUGCGUGUCUAUACUUAUCUACUAUGAAAAAAACUAUGUUUAAUUGUAAAUUAAUUUAACAAAAAAUUCCAAUAUUUUUUUUUCUUAUUUAACGAAAAAUUAAUACAAUUUCAUCAAUAAAGACGUUUAUAAUGGAUUUAUACACAGCGUGUACAUUAAAUCAUCCUAAAGUUAUCGAAUUAUUAAGCGGUAAUUUGAACACUGCUAACAAAAAAGGAUGGACUUACUUAAUGUACGCGUGUUAUUAUGGAAAUGAAAUGCUAGUUGAUCGUAUAGUGAACGCAGAUCCAUCUACAUUAUAUGCUAUAAACAAAGAUAAACAAACACCUUUGAUGAUAGCUGUCAUGUCCGGAAAUACAACCAUUGUCGAAAAAACAUUUCAUAAAGAUAUUAUGGAAAAGCCUGACAAAUUAGGAAGAACGGCCAUGUUCUAUGCUGUAUUAUAUAAUCAAGAAGAAAUAUUGGAAUAUUUUAUUGAAAAUGAAUCUAAUUGUGACGUUAUAGAUAAUUUUGGAAAAACCAUGACUAUGACAGCAAUAUCCAAAGGAUUUCGGAGAGUAAUGAUAUUAUUGUCUGAGUAUUGUAACAAACGAGGAUGUGACAUAAAAACUGAAAAUAAAAAAGAUUAUUUAAAGUUUUUUGACCAAAAUCAAAAAAUAAAAACAAAUAACUGUUUGGAUUAUCAAUUAGAAAAACUUUUGAAACAGUUAUCGUUGGAAAAAUAUUGGCCAAUUUUUGACGAAAAAAAUCUUAGUUAUAAUGAUUUUUUAAAAUUAACUGAAGAAGACCUUAAGAAUAUCGGAAUUAAUUAUUAUUUGUUUUAGUUUGUUUGGCCCCAGAAGAAAGUUAAUUAUGACUAUUUAUAAAUUAAAUGAAUUAAGAACAUCAGAAGAACAUUCAAGAAGUUGAUAACAUUGUUUUUUUUAUAUAUUUUAAUGAAUUAUAUGUUUUAUAAAUUUUACUUUUUUUAA